AUGUCUUACAGUUCAAUCAAUCCACUUUCGCCUCCCAUCUCCGAAGGAAAUCAUUUGGAAUUUAUUUGCCUUUGGAAAAAUUGUUGCCGUAUCUUUGAGGACGCAGAAACUCUUUAUGCUCAUCUCUCAACAGAUCAUGUAGGUCGUAAAUCUACUGGAAAUCUCUGUCUCAACUGCCAUUGGGAGGAUUGUGAUGUUAGCACAUCUAAGAGAGACCAUAUUACCAGUCAUUUAAGAGUUCACGUGCCGUUAAAACCACACAAGUGCGAAACAUGCAAAAAAGCUUUCAAGAGACCCCAAGAUUUAAAGAAACAUCAUAAGAUACAUAGCGAACAACAUCAACAGCAGUUAAGCCAUUUGAAAAGUCAACGCUUGUCCAAAAAAUUUCGUCCGCCAUCUCCUCCUUACUAUAACAUACGACAAGCUUCGCAUGAAUUGCCACAUUCGACCUGUACCUUAAAAAACAACCGUGUGAAAACCUUUACUCCUAGAUUACCUUCGAUUUCACUCUUCUCGAAUACAAAUUCUUCAAUUAUGAAUGUUCAAGAUGUUUCAUCAAUUUCCACACAACAAAAUUAUCCUUCAACUUUUACGAGUAAUUUCUCAUGGUUAUAA